GGUGACGUGGACACGGAAGUGGUCGUCGUCGCGGUGGCACCGGUGGGAGCAGGGCGCGGGGCUUAGAGUGCGGCCAGUGGGCGGACGGGCGGCGGCGGUCUCGCACCUGCAGUGGCGGAGGACGCAGGUGUUGUCGGUUGGGUGCGAGUCUGGUGAGCUGACGAGCGGCUUCUCAGCGCUUCCCCUGCCCGUCGGUGCCCCGCAGCUGGGUCCCGUUCAGCCGGCGUCACCAUGACCAAGGCCGGUAGCAAGGGCGGGAACCUCCGCGACAAGCUGGACGGCAACGAGCUGGACCUGAGCCUCAGCGAUCUGAAUGAGGUCCCGGUCAAGGAGCUGGCUGCCCUCCCAAAGGCCACCAUACUGGAUCUGUCCUGCAAUAAACUGACGACUCUACCGUCGGAUUUCUGUGGCCUCACACACCUGGUGAAGCUGGACCUGAGUAAGAACAAACUGCGGCAGCUUCCAGUGGACUUUGGCCGCCUGGUCAACCUCCAGCACCUGGACCUCCUCAACAACAGGCUGGUCACCCUGCCUGUCAGCUUUGCUCAGCUCAAGAGCCUGAAGUGGCUGGACCUGAAGGAUAACCCCCUGGAUCCUGUCCUGGCCAAGGUGGCAGGGGACUGCUUGGAUGAAAAACAGUGUAAGCAGUGUGCCAACAAGGUAUUACAGCACAUGAAGGCCGUGCAGGCGGAUCAGGAGCGAGAGAGGCAGCGGCGACUGGAAAUAGACCGAGAGGCUGAGAAGAAGUGGGAGGCCAAGCAGCGAGCUAAGGAGGCUCAAGAGCGGGAACUGCGGAAGCGGGAGAAGGCAGAAGAGAAGGAGCGCCGGAGAAAGGAGUAUGACGCUCUCAAAGCAGCCAAGCGGGAGCAGGAGAAGAAACCUAAGAAGGAAACAAAUCAGGCCCCAAAAUCUAAGUCCGGCUCUCGCCCCCGUAAGCCACCACCCCGGAAACACACUCGAUCCUGGGCUGUGCUGAAGCUGCUGCUGCUGCUGCUGCUGUGUGUAGCUGGAGGGCUGCUUGCUUGUCGGGUGACCGAGCUGCAGCAGCAGCCCCUCUGCACCAGUGUGAACACCAUCUACGACAAUGCCAUCCGGGGCCUGCGCAGCCAUGACAUCCUCCAGUGGGUCCUGCAGACCGAUUCUCAACAGUGAGCUUGUCCUCAACACCUGCUGCCUCCCAGCCUUGGAGCUUGGAUUCCUAUGGAAUUGGGUUCUGCUGGACACAACCUCUUUUUAGUGUCAGACCUACCUGCCAUCAUCAAAUGGCUGCUGUUUGGUACUUGAGACCUCCUCUUUGUAAGACUUCUUUGUUCCUCAGUCAGGGUUCCCUGGUGGAAUAAGGAGAAAUAGGAGGUGGGGACAGUUACCUGCAUGCUUAAAAAAAUAGGCUUGGGGUAGGGAGAGAGCCUUUUCUAGUUGUCAUACAAAGCUGUGUAAAGGCAAGACUCGUUUUUACUAAAGGUCAGCUGUCACUACAUUUA